AUGGCUGCGGCUGGAGUGAGACCGUGUGUCAUCUCGCGACAACUGCGAGUGUCUCAUGGCUGUGUCUCCAAGAUAUUGAAUAGAUAUCAGGAAACCGGCUCCAUUCGUCCUGGCGUGAUUGGAGGUUCCAAACCAAGAGUGGCGACACCCGAAGUUGAGAACAGGAUAGAGGAAUUGAAGAGACAGAACCCAGGUCCAUCGUCCUGUGAGGAUUCAGAUACCGAAUCGGAACCUGGAAUCACGCUCAAAAGAAAACAACGAAGAUCAAGAACCACCUUCUCAGGAGAUCAGCUUGAGGCUCUCGAACGUGCUUUUACAAGAACACAAUAUCCUGACGUGUACACUAGAGAAGAAUUAGCCCAAAAAACUAAACUUACUGAAGCUAGAGUUCAGGUAUGGUUUUCUAACCGAAGAGCUAGACUCCGCAAACAAUUAAAUUCGCAACAAUUAAGCGCUUUUAAUACUAUGUCACUGCAAUCUGCAUUCCCUCCUGUUCAUCAGCAGUACGAACCUCCAACAUCAUUUAAUGCCCAAUGUGCCUCUUGGCAACAAUCUUAUUCUUCUGCAUUAGGAUCUAGUUCGGUACUUAACUCUGCCCUGGCACCUUCUCUUCACCAAUCAGCGUUAACGGCUCCAUCAGUGUGUCAGUCGGCUAUUGCAGCUUCUUCAUUACAUCCAUCUAGUUCAUUUUCUGCUGGAAAUCUAACUCCUUUAUCACAUUCAUCGGAGAUUGCAACACCAUUACAAGCACCAGCCGAUGCAACUCCACCAAGUUCAAGUCCUACAGCUGCAAGUCCUCCGUGCAUAAACACAACUGGGGGGAUAACAUACCAACAUUCAAGCUACCCGAAUGUGAGCGAAGCAGUUUCUCACUCUCAUCCAGCUUAUGGCUACAGUGAUUAUGCAAAACAAGAGCAUAUGUCUGCACACAAUCAUUGGACCUCAAGACAACUUGGAAGUCACACCCAAAACAAACUUGGAGAAGUUGGUGCCUGGCCAGAAAAUUAUAGUUCGUUCUUUGGUACAAAUGCAUCGCACUAUGCUUCGCACGCGCAUUCACCAACAGAGGCCAAGUCUGGUUACCCUUACAUUGGCCAGUUAGGUGGAAUGGAUAUGGGAAGAGUGCAUUAAAUUCUUAUUCUUAUAGAACGGACUUGAAGCAUUUUAUGGACUUUGGGGCCAAAUAUGUUCCAUGGUUACUUAUAUUUAUACUCUCGGGUGGCUUAAUUAGACUGAGUUGCAUCAUAUUAGCUGUUAUAAAUAACUUUUAGGUUAAAAUUAACGUUAAUCAAAUCAAAUUAAAAUCAGUUUAUUCAAUUAGGUCACUAAAAUGACACUUAUGAAUGUCAAAAGAAAUAAAAUAUUUUUCUUAUUGAAUCUACCGCUACUUCGUAAAGGGCUGAGCUAAUGAGAAGAAGUAGCAAGAAACUCAUUGCCACUCUUUUAUACCAAGA